GGUAGUUUAUGUUCGUUGAUUUCAUGCUUCGCAUGCUGCGAAGCACGAGAAGCGUAGAAGGUGGAACCGAUUGAAUGUUUGAUAGCAUUGUUUGUAAAAGAAUGUAACGAGAAUUGAAUUGUCACACUGUCAGUUAAUUGCGUAAAACAGUGGAAUAUUAAUUCACCUGCUUGUUUGAUUGAUCUGCUAUGCAAGUGUAAUCUGUUUCGACCUCGACGAUAAGAUGAUAGACGAGUAUCGUCAACGUUAUACGCUGGUUAACACCAUAGAUCCCUAUACGGAACCGCUUUUAAAGCGUGUUUUACACUCCAAAAGACUCGGCAUUUCUUAUGGUGGAGUAAAACUGAACAAGGGGCCGACAAGUUGCAACAAAUCCAGCAAUGAUUGUUACAAGCUGACGAUACCUUAUGCUUAUGAAAAUCUAUUGUGGACUGUGUUGUUUGACUCACAAUAUCCUGAAAUAGGUCCAGACUUUAUAUUCAAUGAUCAGACUUUUCUAAUGGACCCAGAUAUUGAUAUUUUAUCCACCAAGGUACCUAGUCUUGUCAAGUGGGAUCCAACAGAUAGUGAUGCAUUACUCAAUGUUCUGGUUGAAUUGUUAUUGUAUUACAAAGAACACCAGAUAGAAUCUCUCGCGCAACAAGGGGAUCGAUUGCAAUUUGAAUAUAGUACACUUGUUGGAAACACAGAAUUACAUGUAGAUGAUAUAGAAGUAAUAUUGUUACCACUGGGAGGAAAGCCCGUAGAAGCAAGAUUUUUAAUUCGCAUAUCAAUGGAUUGUUGUUUACCUCCCUGUGUUGAUAAGUUACAUGACAAUGAAACAAUGCUCCAUAUUACUUUUUAUGGACCAGAUUGGAACCGUAUCAUACCAAAACUCUACUUGUCCAAAACACUAGAAAAAGCAUUUGGUGGACCUGAUUCCUUGCAUCUUCCGCCAUUCCCACCAACAACAAAGUAUCUGAUGGACUAUGUUCCAGAAGUGAAAAAAUAUAUUGAGGAAAAAAUAAACGCUGUAGUCGAAUGUUUUGAGAAGAGAAAAGAUUUCCUCGCAGCUCUGUUAAUGAUACAGAGCUGCAGCCUACUGGAAUAUGACACGAAGGAAUUUGAUUACUGUACUAUCAUGCUGGAACAACUAGACUUCCAUGUCUUGGUACAUUUCUACCUUCCUCCAGGAUUUCCAAAAGAAAGCCCGCAAAUUACGUUGUAUUCGGUGUAUCAUAUGACGCCGCAAGGAGCUAUGUACAAAGAAGUAUUGGAAGAUGUACCAUACAGCCCUAGAUGGUCAAUGCAUCAAAUGGUUAUAAAAUGUUUAACACACAUCAUGGACAAAGCAGUUCCCAAGUUUCACAAAAACUCUGUCAAAGUUAAUCGUUAUUAAUAAUUUCUAUUCCAAAAGUAUAUUUUUAUUACAGAAUGUAUAUUUAAUAGUUGAUCGAAACAAAGAUUAUAUUUGGUUCCAAUGCAAUAAAUCCAAUGAUGCGAUUGCA